GUCGUGCUGUUUACUUGGGAUCAAUUACUCAAUCUCAUUGAGUUAUGACGUGCCACUAGUGUCUAAUUUUUUUUUUUCGGGUGUGAAUAAUUCCUAGUCUCUCAAUGAUCUGAAGGAUUUAUUUUGUCAAAAGGUGCGUCGAAUUGCAACCGAUGGCAGACGACUUGAGGCUUCAUUCGGCCUCGUUGGGCAUUGUAAGGCCGUUCUGCCAACAUCAACCACAACUAUCCCAAUUUUUAAUCCUUGAUCGUAUUAUUUUGACUAUUAUCGUCGCCAGUUGAGAUCAGCAGUUCGAUGUUUUUUAGAAGACCAUGGAAUUCGACUGAGGAAACAUUUAAGAGAAAAAAUAGUUGGAGAAUAUUUGUUAGUAUUUAUUGUGAAUGAGAAAACACAAUUAAGAAUAAAAAAUGGAUGCUGGAGGUGGACAGGGAAAAAAGCAAAUUCGUGUUGGUUUUUACGAUAUCGAGGGUACAAUAGGCAAGGGAAAUUUUGCCGUUGUUAAAUUGGCCCGGCAUCGCAUCACGAAGACAGAGGUGGCUAUUAAAAUAAUUGAUAAAACACAGUUGGAUUCAACAAAUUUGGAGAAAGUUUAUCGGGAAGUGGAAAUAAUGAAGCAAUUGGAACAUCCACACAUUGUGAAACUAUAUCAAGUUAUGGAAACGAAAAAUAUGAUAUAUAUGGUAUGCGAAUAUGCAAAUAAAGGUGAAAUCUUUGAUUAUAUCGCGAGAUACGGGAGAAUGGGUGAAUCCCGUGCACGUGCAACAUUUGCUCAAAUUCUUUCGGCGGUAGAGUAUUGUCACUCGACUGGUGUUGCACAUCGCGAUCUCAAGGCUGAAAAUUUACUUCUGGAUGCUCAAAUGAAUGUUAAAAUUGCUGACUUUGGAUUUAGCAAUCGUUUUGUACCCGGGGAAAGACUGAGCACUUGGUGUGGUAGUCCACCUUAUGCAGCACCUGAAGUUUUCAGGGGAAAACAUUAUGCUGGGCCUGAAAUUGAUGUUUGGAGUUUGGGAGUGGUGCUUUACGUUUUAGUGUGUGGAGCACUGCCAUUUGAUGGAUCGACUCUACAGUCUCUGCGUGAUCGAGUUCUCAGUGGUAGAUUUAGAAUUCCUUAUUUCAUGAGCACAGAUUGUGAGAGCUUGAUACGUAAAAUGUUGGUACUAGAGCCUGCGAAACGGUAUACUAUUCCACAAAUAAAAAGGCAUCGUUGGAUGAUUGGAACUGCUGAUUCCAUAUGUCCAGUUUUGAACACAACUCCAUCAGCCCUUCAGGAGCCAAAUGAGCAAAUCCUCAGGCUCAUGCAUAGCCUAGGGAUUGAUGUAACACGUACCAAAGAUUCAUUAAAAAACAACAGCUAUGAUCAUCAUGCUGCCAUAUAUUUUUUGUUACUGGAAAGACUGAAGCAACACCGCAGCGGUAAUCCAACGAAUAAUCCUACCUGGCCCUCAAUAUCACGUGUAAAGGAGGACAAAUUCAAAUCAAGAAGGGACGAUACGAACAGAGGUGGCAAGCGUUUUAGUUCAACAUCUUCCUCAACUGACGAGGGCUGUUGUAGUGCAGAAGGUGAUCUGGAAGAGGGUCCAAGCGGUGAUGAACUCCGUGAGGCCCAAAUCAAGCUCCAAGAGCAUCGACUGGGAUUAGAUCGUGAUAUAAGCCAAAGAAUCGAUAGUCAAAUAGUGAAUCGUCGAUUAAGUGAUUAUCAACAGCAGCAUUUUGACUCUAUGAUGGAGCCCAUUGAUCAACCUAGUCGUGCUACGCUGUUUGGGGCUGGCUGCAGUGGCAGCUCGUCCUCGGAAUUAUUUGAAUCGAGCUUCGAUUCUGGUUGUCCACCAGAUUUUUCCAUAACUGGUUGCUUCACAAGCAGUUUACCGUCGUGCACACCACCAGCACCAAAGAGCCCAUCGCCGAUUGCUGCUAGAAUCGCCAGGACAGCUCAGGGGAGAAGAGCUUCUGAUGCAGGACCAAGACUGAUGUUUUGUCAACAGACUAGUACGGGUGAUAGACCGGUCAAACAACGCAGUAUUCAAGAUUCAGGAAAGGCUCGGGGACACCUAGAUCUCGUCCAUCUGCGCCCAAGUUCAACAUCACCAAAUCAACAACAAUUCAAGACACGUGUUGACUCCAGUAUGCAAUUACAAUUGUUAGUGCAACAGAGAAUGCUCCAGCAAAAGAGAAAUAUGUAUCAUAGACAUCGAGGUGGUGGAAGUCCAACGCCCUUACCGGGAUUAUCAGGUAGUGCAAGUGGUAGUGGUGGUUCAUCCUCGGCAAGACGAAGUGGAGAGCAUGUUCCACGACAGGACAGCUACAAAAUGGCCCAACGAACGCAAAUUCUUCCACCACUUUCCCAAGGCUCCGAUUCAGAUUUCGAAAGGGAAAGAGAACGCGAAGAAGAUAGAUGGAAAAGUUUACCAUCUCGACUUGCAGCUGAUUGUCAAUUAGCUGAGAGGACAUUGCUAUGGAGUCAGCAGGUUGGAUUGGGUGGUGCCUCUUACCUGCCUCCUGGAAGUGUUGGUGGUUUUCUCUGGCCAGCCAGCAGCAGUCCACAUGCAACAAUCUUUGAAAAUGCUGGCGAUCCCAUGGAAUAAAUCCUCAAAAUAUUUAUUCCUAACACGAUUUUCUAUUAUGGAUCUAUACCAGAAUCAUCCUAGGUCUAGAUUUUUUCGUAGUUUGGAGUUUCUAGCGAAACGAAUGUUCGAUAGUUCAAGCAGCUGUUCUACUUCGACGGAGAGUAAGGAGAAUUAUACUCCAUUGAAUCAUGUAUUUCACUUUUUAUCGAGUCUUAAUAGAAGAUUAAAUGACUUUGUGUGGAAAAUAAGACAAUCCCCAUCGGAAACACUACUUCAUACAAGCCAUUCCAUUUCCAAUUCGACACUUCAACUCUAGAGAUACAUUUACCGUAUCUCUGGGAUUACAUGGGUUUCGCAAUUUGAAAAAAUUGUUUUUUUUUUUGGCUUAUUAAUUCCUGCAACAUGACUAUGAUUUUUUUGUCCGGGAAAUCCAUGUAACGACCAUCGGAGCUGAAUAGCAUCUCCUUAUUCUUCCUCGAAAGAAUAUUUCCUAUUAAUCCAUCAUGAAUUUUAGACUGGAAAAAUUAUCGUGUGGUACAUGAAUAUAUAAUCAUUAAUCAUAAAUAGACUGAUCAUUAACUCGAACUGAUAAAACACCAAUAUCUUAGAAUUGAAACGAGAAUUAAAUAAAAUGAUGGCUAGAAAAGCGAGCGUUUGAGUGAUUGGAAAGUUUCUAUUUGAAAGCACUAAAUUUUUUUGUUCACACUUACAAACAAAAAAAUUAUUUCAACAAUUUAAAAUUUUUAUGAGCAUCUAAUUGAAAUCAUGUACUUCAAGCAUUUGAAGAAUGAAUCCUUAAUUAUUUUAUACGAGAAGUUGAAUUUGGUACAUCCAUGAAAAAGAUUGAGUGUAAUUAUAAAUUGAUUGAAUAAUUAAUUUUUCCAAUUGAUAGGACUUUGAAUACUGUCCCACUGCCAAUCGAUUUGCUUGGGAUUGUUAUUGUAAUUUAACAAACAGCCACCAUUAAUAAACAAUUAAGAAGACUAAAUCAACAGAUGAAGAAACAAAUUAUAGACGAUUUGGGUAUUAAUUGAUAAGUGAAUACUUCGUUGAAAAAUUAAAAAUGAGGAUAGAAAAAGAAGAAAAAAAAAUAAUUGGCCGGAUAUUC